GUGUCUAGCAUUAACAGUUAUGUGUAGCCAUAGUUCAUGCAGUUGUUUCUGGAUUAUUUUACGCUCCAAAUAGCAAAUGUAUUAACCUGUUACUCAAACAAGCAUUAAUGUAUCUUGUUUAAAUUGGGUGGUCUAAAGAAUGUUCAAGCAAAAGUACCACUGAUUUGAUCAGGUUUGAUAGGUGAUCAUCUGAUGCAUUUGUUUUACGUGUUUUUAUAUUGUAUUAUUUAUUUGUUUUAUUUUUAAUGCUAUUUUAUUAUUUCAUAUUUCAUAAUGCUAUUUUUUUACUAUUUCAUGUGAUGUAUAGGACAUUGGUCAAAGUGAGUUGUUUUAAAUGUGCUUACAUGAAUAAAUCUUACUUACUUACUAACUGUUUAAUCUCAAAAGUUAUUUAAACCAAACGUAACCUAGACAACAAAGCUAAGUUUAGAUUUUUCUCUAGAACUGAAAUCCUGCCUGGUAUGUUUUCAAAAUCUAAAUCAGUGAUUAUUGAUGUAGGAUUGGAAAUAAGCCAUUAAGACAGUUUAUUAGUGUGAGGGAAAUGCUUAAACUUUUCAAUAACCAACAGUUCUCUGCUUGGUUCGAUAUGCUUUGGCUUCUCUAUUGCAGGAAGCCCUACUGUGCUUGAGGCACUCUAAUGUUCUCAAUACACAAUACGUACAUAAUGCACACACCCACGCCAGCAAAAAAAAAAUUUUGCAAUCAGAAAAGUACGGUUGGAGUUGAAUUGAGUCUGGAUAAUUAGACAAGAAAAAUUGAGAUAUUCCUACGGUGAUCAAGCUUUGGAAAUGUAGCUCACGGAUGUGGAAGAUUGACAGACUGCUCCAAGCCGAGCCUCACUAAAGGCUCAUCUGCCAUGAAUAUGCCCCAGUCAUUUGGCACAGCGAUGGGCUUUUCUCUGUCGGAAACACUCCCGGCUGCCAGCUUGCCCAACCUGGCACAGAAUGGUUCGGAUCAGAGUCCAUUUCUGAAGGCCGAGAACAGCAUCAUCUACUUGGCUCCCACUGCUGACACCAAUAAGUGCUGGCCAAUCCGACCUACAUUACGCAAUGAAUUGGAUACCUUCUCUGUGCACUUCUAUAUCUUCUUUGGGCCCAACAUUUCUAUUCCUCCAGACCGGGCAGCAGUGUUCGCCAUUAAUCUGAUGCCAGUUCUGGACAGCGGAGGGGUUCUUAACAUGGAGCUCAAACUCAAUGUGUCCUCAGUGAAAGGGGAGAAUAUUACUGUGUUUGGAUGUCUGCAUCAUGGAAUGCCGCUGGCCCUUCGAGACAACUCCUCCAUCAAGUGCGAGUCUGAGUCCGUUUCUGGAUUCCUUUUGUCCGUGAACACCACUACAAACAUUACAAAGCUGCGGAUCCCAUACCCCCAGACCGGCACCUGGUAUCUCAGCCUCAGAUCUCUACGUUCCACAGAGCACGGGUUUGAGGCAUGCACUAAUAUAACUGCAGAAGUGUAUCUUCGGUCCUAUCUGACCCCAUGUAUCAAUGACUGUGGCACUUAUGGCCAGUGCAAACUCCUCCGCACCAAUAACUACUUGUACGCUGCAUGCGAGUGCAAAGCAGGUUGGGAUGGCUGGGGCUGUACAGACAAUACAGAUGCUUAUUCAUAUGGAUUUCAGCUACUGUCUACCCUGCUGCUCUGUCUGAGUAACCUGAUGUUUGUGCCACCGGUAGCCAUUGCCAUUCGCAGCCAUUACUUGCUUGAGGCCUCUGUCUACAUCUUCACAAUGUUCUUCUCUACUUUCUACCAUGCUUGUGAUCAGCCCGGCAUUGUAGUGUUCUGCAUUAUGGAGUACGAUGUCCUCCAGUUCUGUGAUUUUCUCGGCUCCCUCAUGUCCGUCUGGGUUACGGUCAUUGCCAUGGCCAGACUUAAAUCCAUCAUCAAGCAGGUGCUGUAUCUGCUAGGGGCAAUGUCUCUGUCCAUGGCUCUUCAGCUGGACCGCCAUGGUCUGUGGAACCUUCUAGGCCCCAGCCUUUUCGCCUUGGGUAUAAUGGCCAUUGCCUGGGUAAGAAACGUCUAAUAUAUCUCUUGUCUGUAGAGCUACCUAAAAGCCUUCUCAAGAAAUGUUUUAAUAGAAAGUUAUAGCACGGAAGUUGUCUAGUAGUGCCAGAGAACAUAGAAACAAACUGGAGUUGCAGGGUCAGGACUUUGCAGGGGGUGUGAUGUAUAGGUUUAUAAAUUUAGAAAGAUUUGGCAAAGUUAUCCUCUGGCUAAAACUAGACUCGGAAGUUGUUUUUUAUGCAACUGCUGAAUCAUGAAACACAAAGUUUGGAAAUGAAAUUAAAGAACAACUAUGUCCACCAAAAGUUUUUUUUUUUUAGAGUUUCUUUUCAGCUUUCGAGUAAUUGCUUUGUGGUGGAAGAAGCUGCAAUGCACCACACUCCAAAAAUAGCUCAUGAAUCUCUUGGUCUGAAAAUCUGUGGUUGCUGGUAAAGUGCUCAUGUUAAUUGCUAGGACUGGCCUUUCCUCAUCUUGGCUGAUUGCAAGCGUAGCACCUCGUUAUUUGCAAUUUGAUAGGUGAUUUCAAUUUAUUUGGUUCAACAUGUGGCCCUUCGCUUUUCACCAGCUCUAAACAUUGCGGGACCCAUUUAUCUUAGGUAGCGGUCAUUAGCAUGUCGGCUAAGAUAAAACACAGGGCACUGACAUUACUUUAUACAGGCGGUAUUAGUCAUGCCUUUAUAGUUCCAUUACCAGCCAGCUUGUUCUUUCUCCAUCACAAUAAUGUGUUUCCUGAAGUGAGCAGAUAAAAAAUAAUGGGUGUUGGGAGAGGAGAGGACUUAGCCGUAGCCCCCUGACACAAGAAUUUGAUGUGAUCAGUGGCUUGAGAGAAGCCUCCCUCGAGCCUAACAGUGGUACAUGUAAGACAAAAUGGAGAAUUGAAGCAAGAUAAAGUGUUCGAGGAGUGAGCUGUGUCUUCAUGAGGUGAUUCGGCAGUGACGAGUAUGAAUCACUCACUACAUGUGGUGACUGAGAACACGAAUCGAUUUCGAGGGAAAGUAUGAAGGAACCAGUCGUGAUCUACUGCACAGGGAAGAAACACACAAUCUACAGAAGGCAAAAGUUAGACGUUUUUAGUCUGUGAUUAUUUCUUCUUAGUAGUUUAUAUGGAAAUAAGGCUUUGAAUAACAUGUGGGCCCUAUUGUACUCAGCAUGCACCAGACAUUUCAUUACAUAAAAAUGGAUGAGCUUAUUAAAAAAAAGAAGGAGGAGGUUUUUAAGCAGUGCCACAGAUAAAAAAAUUUUUUGUCAAGACACAAAAUAUUGUCAUAGCACCUGAUCAUACUUCAAUGAUUGCACAGCUUUACUGUAUAAUUCAUUUUGAUUCUGUAUGUUAGAUUAUUAUAGCUGUAUCACAUUAGUUACCAGGGCAGUUUGAUCAUUUGAUAUGAAAACUGAUACAAUACAGAUUUAAAGAAGAUAAGAGCAUACUUCUUCUUCUCUUUCAAAUGAAUACGAACACAUUGUUCAGAAUAAACAGAUAAUAUAUUCUAAAUGAAUACAAAUACAGAUAUGAAUACAAAUUUUUUUUAGAAUGCUUGCCAGGAAGGUUCACAGGGCAUCUGGUUAUGCAUCUGGACUGAGAUUCCGCCAAACCCAACAAAAAAGUUGCUAGAGUGGGAGGUUUUUACUUUCAUAUGGGUGCGAGUGAGCACAAUGUAUUUAAAGUCUCCUUAGUAAUUGACUGGUCAAGGUCACUGUGGUCUGAAUUACUUUGUUUAUAUUUUGGGAAAUAGAAUGAACUAAAGUUGGGAUUAAAACAACGCACAAUUCCAUCACUAGUUAUGAACUGGAGAAAAAUUGUGAAAUUAUUUCCAGUUUAGAGUAGGUUACAGCCACUUUGGGUUUAAAUCCUAAUACAGAUAGUGGCAUUGUGCCUAUAUAUUAUGCCUGUA